UGAAUGCUUUGAAAAAUGGUGGCACACCAAAGUGACGGCAGUAUCGCUGCAAGCGUUGGCGGUGCGUACUGUUUUAUGGUCGCGGUUGAGGUUAUACCACAUCGUUCUACAUGCACAUGUGAGUGCUCAAUUAUGAAUGAAGUUACGAAUCAAAAUUUUAGCAAGGUGUAUCCACACUUGGAGGCUACAUUGAAAAAUGCAAGUUUUAUUGCGAUCGACGGCGAAUUCACGGGCAUAACGGGCGACGAUGUCAAAAAUAGCCUGUUCGACACGACGAAGGAGCGCUACGAGAAGCAGAGGGGUGUUAUUCAGCCGUACAUAGUCAUUCAAUUUGGCAUUGCCGCUUUCCAACGUGUCCCAGAUAAGAACGAGUACACAACGGAAGCGUUCAACUUCUUCCUGCUGCCCAAGUCCACCCCGUUGAAGAGCCGACAGUUCAUUUGGCAGACUGCAGCGUUGGAGUUCCUGGCUACAUACGAAUUCGAUUUUAACAAACUCGCCUACGAGGGCAUCUCGUACCUCGAUGAGGCCGGCGAAGCAACCUUGGAGCAACAGUUGAGGAACGAUGUGUUGUCCCGCAAUCUUGAGCGCCACAUGUUGAUAAUGGAAGAUUAUAACAUUCACAAAGAUAAUGUCAACCGAGUAACGGAGUGGCUGCAGACUGCUUGCCACGAGAACUCGCUGAAAAUUGACACUCGCACUCCCUUUCUGCAGUACCUCAUGCACAGGGAGCUGAGGAGUCGUUUCCCGAACACGUGGACACUGUCGGGAGACAACUCGGUAACCGUGAUAAAGGUGGAACCGGAUGUGAGGAAGGUCUUGGAACGGGAUGAAGGUUCUGUACUGGAGAACGUAUUGCUCGACUCGUACAUUGGUUUCUCAAAAGUGUUCAAGCUUCUAGUAACUUUGAAGAAGCCAGUAAUAGCCCACAAUGCUUUCCUCGACCUCAUGUUUAUGUAUCAGCAGUUUUAUAAGCCCCUACCAUCGAGAUAUUCCAAGUUCAAAGAUAAUGUGCAUCAACUCUUUCCCACGAUCUACGACACGAAAUUCUUAAGCUACAGACUGAGAGAUAUUCUCCAAGGGGAUGAAGUCUGGAAAAUCAAUUCUCUAAGUGGCUUGUUCGAUUAUUUCACGGGUGAAAAAGGAAGGCACGUGAUACUCGGAUCACCUCUCAUUAAAUCUGCUACUCAAUCGGAUUCAAAAAACUCGGACGCUGCAACCUCUCCAAAGUAUCACACCGCGGGAUGGGACGCUUACACUGCCGGUUGCGUGUUUCUCAAAAUUGCUCAUGUUUUUGCCGGCAAGCGAAAUGGGGAGCAAAAGAGUUUAACGGUGAAGUACUUUACGCACACGGAACUAAUGAACAGCGUAAAACAUUAUGCAAACUGCAUAAACAUCAUCCGUUGUAAUAUAUCGUACAUGAAACUUGACGGGCCGGAUCCUGAAACCACUCGACCGAAAUGGCUUUACGUGAAGACGUUGGUACCGCAACCGAUAACCUCAUUGCAGGUAGCCGAAAAAAUGUCGACUUUUGGCACCGUUGACGUGAAGCAGUACACAUCGAACCGCAUGUUGGUUGCAGUAACGAAUCAUCGAAGUGCGAAGGAGAUACUGCAACACUUCCAACAAAAUAAGGAGAUAUACGUAGCGCCUUACAGUCCACUACGGCAUUCACGCUCGGUGCAGUUUGCCUUCUUAUGCAGAAGCCGUGAUUCAACUUGCCUUGCCAAUUGUUGCGAAGGCAUUGUGACGACUCGAAGCUGGCGCGAGAGAGUCCGAGAUGCUGUGCGUUGCCGCGCAUUUUCUUCACUUCUCUUCCGGGUAUCUGCGCAACAUAUCAAUCGAUAUAUCAAUUCGCGGUUUUUUCCGCUUUAAGAACGCCCAAUUUCAAGAAAAAUUUUAGACUUAGAGAUCGCGAAGAUUUUCUUGAACGAAACGCGUUGUCGUCCAACACUCUCGUGAUAUUUGUUAACGCUUUCGCUUUCAACGAGAGAAGUCACCGUUAUUUGCAUGCAAUCUUUGUCUCUAGUAUGUACACGUUUGUAUAUACAUUAUCGAUUAAUAUUUUUAAUU